AUGAAACGACGAAAACAAUCUCAACACACCAACACUGACUUGAAAACGAUCACGCAACGCUAUCAUCCUGGCACUUCGGAACAUGAUCCGACUGUGGCAUCUACAUCACCCGUUCAUUCUACAAAUGUUUGCUCUCAAAGACUUCUCUACAAGACACUUAUUGAAAAUAUAAAUUUAAAUAACCAAAACAAUAUUUUGCUACAGCACGAUCAAGAGUCCAAAGCUGUUGAUCAAAGAACAAAAACUAUUUUACAUAGUCAUCAAAACUUUUUAUCUGAAUUGAAAAUUAAUCAAGAUUUGGAAAUUUAUAAUUAUUGGGACACAUCCAAAGAAUGCCUCGCAUUGGCCAUGCAAUUUACUUGUUGCUGCCUAUUUUGCCUUAUUUUCUUUUUAAUUUACGAAUGGGAACCUUCGGGGAAAUUUCAAAGUUUUGAAAUUAUGGCCAUCAUUAUACUUGUUAAUUUUGUAUUUAUUUUACCGUUUUUAUAUUUGCAUAGAACGUUGAAAAAAUCCUCCAAAUCGAAUACGAAUAAUUUAAACGAGUCCUCUCAUGAUAUACAGCAAUCUAUGAACAUUUCAUCAUUUAGUUCAACUGUAUUUAAUUGGAUCAUUGUCGUAUUGAUUUUGUUAGGAGCUUCUCCCAUACUUAGAACAUUGACAUUACUCUACUCCCAAGACACAAUUAUUGCCCUAGUUUGUCUAUUAUUUAUCAUUCAUUUAUUUACACAUGAUUAUUAUUUUGUGAAUGGAAAGACUGAAAAAUUCAACUGCUAUUUAUCUUUGAAUUGUGUGAUUUUCAUUUCUGCUCUGUUUGCUUCACGACUGAGACAUUCUUUGGAUGCAUUUGUCAUUUUACUUGUGGCAAUUGAAUUGUUUCUGUUAUUUCCAUUCGUGAGGCAUCAAUUAAGAAAGAAUGACAAAACGUUCCUGUAUGUCACCAUUUACCUACUCAUGACAUGUACAACAGUAACUGUGCUCUAUUAUUUUGUGAGCUCAGUUUUCCUCCUCUUUGCCUUCCUUUCAGUUAACAUUAUCAUGGUUUUCCUAAUGCCUUAUUUAUUCAUCUUCUCUCAAACUCACUACAAACAAGUGUUGACUGGUCCUUGGGAUGAAGCUUCUGUACAUCCAAUCGAAUAUGAAAAAAUCAAGAAUUAUUUGGUUUCCAAGAAAUAA